CACAUUGUAUCGUUUCAAUACUGUGGCCAUCUCCCAGUCCAUCACGAAAUCCCAAGCAGUCGACAGUCUUUCUCUCACAACGCUUCGCCAUGCAUCCUGUGUUCAACAGGACCAUCUGUUCGAGACACUGGCUGAUCUCAAUAUGCGUCAUCUUCGUCACUGCCGUCCUUUUCCUCUCUCAUUCCGCACCAACCAGUCUACGGCAAUCAGUGACCGGAGGAUUCUACAGUGACGGCGAUGCUUGUUCGGAUACCUUAGCUUCUCAUGUCGAGUUGCUCCAGAGGGAGUAUUCAAAAUUGUUGGAGGGUGUGACACAUGUGGCCAGGAUAGGAUUCCCAGAUCAUGGCAACAAGGGAGACUCCGCGAUUUGGGUUGCCGAGGAAGUACUCCUCGAAUCCCUGGGCAUCCAAACCGUGGCCCUAACCGUUGAUAAUGGUUUCUACGACAAGAGUGAAAUUCGCAAGGCACUAGAGGCCCAUGGCGGACCGGAAAAGACGGCCAUCAUGUUCGUUGGCGGUGGUAGUUUCGGCGAUUUAUACCACAUGAUACAAACCAACCGCGAGAACAUCGCCAAAGACUUCCCGGACUACCGCAUCCGCUCCUUCCCUCAGUCCUAUAAGUUCAAGGACGAGAAGAACCUGUUGCAGGCGCAGGAGGCAUAUGGUCAACAUCCUGAUCUCCAGCUUGCCGCACGAGACGUGAAAUCCUAUAUGAAAAUGCAAACGGACUUCGGCAAGAAGCAUAAGAUCUUGCUGCUCCCGGACAUCGCAACUAUGCUGGUGGCCCGUCCAGUCCCCGCAAGAGUCCCAAAGGGUGAUGGACUCAACAUCCUCUUUCUGGGUAGGGUGGACCACGAGGGUUCGCAGGACCAUUACAAAGACAAGGCGUUGUUUGAAGAACUGCGACAACUCACUGAUGGUGACGGCAAGCAGGUCAGCGUGGACAUCACGAUGAUGGACUGGUUGGACUCUGAACCUGCUGGACUUCAAGACGCCACGUACGAGGCGAAGGCCCGGCUCAGGCUGGACUGGACUUAUGAUUUCUUGAGCUCAUACGAUCUGGUCAUCAGCGAUAGGUUGCAUGUUCACAUCCUGAGCACUGUCUGGAACAUUGACCACAUCACGGUGGAAGAGGGGUCAUACGCCAAACUGAGAUCUUACCACGAGACUUGGCUCUCUGGAUGUGGCAAUCGAGUGUCCAUGGCACAAAGCGUCAGAGAAGCUGUGGAUGCAGCGAAAGACUGGUACCAACGGGGCCGGUCGUUUGUCUAGAGCUGCACAGCUAGGCGUUGGUAGGAUGUCCAAUGUCCAUGAAUUAUUUCGAGCGAUUAGCAGCAAGUACAGUGGCGCUCAACAACCAGCUGCCUCAGAGCCUCUCGAACGAGCACGCUCGGCUACGAAUUACAUGAAUUGCUGGUGCUCGAGAGUUAUGGGGGCUAUUUUGAUCGUAUCUGCGCCAUCCUUGUCUGCAAUGUUGGAAUUGGGGGGUCGAAAGCAGCGAGUACGGAGUUAUCAAUCUGACUAAUGCAAUUCCUGAGUCCCAACCCCUGUACGGCGUACUGCUGUACUAUGGUACUUGUAUUCAUGACAAUAAUGCUAUGGCG